CCCCAUAUUCUUGAGGUUAUCAAAACCUAUCAUAAUAUCUUUGCUCCUCCCUUAUCAUCUGUAUACGUGCGUAUCCAACAGUCAAGAUGUCAUUUUCAAGCCUAGUCUCGCCAGGUCCCUACCAUAUUAUCAGCUAUGGCACCUUACUUGGGACAACAUUCUUCCAUUCGUUCGUGGGCGGCAUCAUUGCCUUCCAGGUCCUUCCCCGCCCGCAAUUCUCCGCGCUCAUGACCAAGAUCUUCCCCGUCUACUUCUCCAUCCAAACCGCCAUCCCCGUCGUUCUUGCCCUGACCUACCCCGCGGCUACCUCCGCAUUCGGAUCCUCUGGAGCAGCUGGGAUCGCCGGCGUUCUGGACCCGGAUAAUAGGUGGUCUGUUCUGGCCCCCAUUGCUACCAUCUUCUUUACCGGCCUGGCCAACCUUGCUGUGAUUGGGCCCGCUACUACCAAGUGUAUGAAGGAGAGGAGGCAUCAGGAAACCAAGGACGGCAAGAAGAGCUAUGAUGCUCCCCCACACUCUCAGGAGAUGACUGCGCUGAACAAGCGCUUCUCCCAGCUCCACGGCAUUUCAUCGCUCCUUAACUUGGGCAACUUCAUCGCUACUGUCGUGUAUGGCUUCACAUUGGCUUCACGUCUUGACUAG